AUGACCUUCUUAUCGUCUCUUCGUCUCUGUGGUGGCAACGGAGCGACAACAGCGCAUCCACAAGAGAAAAGGAAGCUCGGUACGGUGUACAAGCUACCAGCUCGGCCCCUCGACUCAUCAUCCGUCCUCAGCGGACUUCCUAUCGUCAAGACGGGGGUUCCUCCAUCCUCGCUGCAGCGGACCCGUUCACCUGAGAGCAUCCUGGUCUCUAACCAUCUCCCCCCUUCUUCUGCUUCCCGUACCCGCGGCUCUAUUGCUCAGCUGAGCUCGCAGCUGGAAAACGAAACCAUGCCGGCCGAGAGGCGUUCUUUGAGAUCGAACAGCAAGUCAGAUACCUCUUCGUCUGCUAACGGUGAAAAGGCUCGCUCUACCUCACAGAGCUCAAGUUCCACUAAGGAUAAGCCCGCGCUUACCCGCGCCGCUGCCAACAAAGCCAAGUCGUCAAAAGCUGCCUCAUCGAAUAACAACACGUCUAACUCCGGCAUGGGCGAGCAGCGGGAACAGCCGCAAACCAACGGCUCCGAUCCCACGGAGAAUGGCGUGAAUGGCUCUGAAGAUAUUGAGAUGGGAGAGGAUACGGCAGGUGGGCCUACAUCCUCAUUCAACGCCAGUAAGGAUCGGAAAGGUGACGAGAAGAUGACUGUUGUAGUGCCCCCUACGAAGGGUUUGAGGUUAUCCGGCGAAAAAGGCCAGGACAAGGAAGGCGAUGUCGCGAUGGAGGGUGCUGAGGGCGAUGAGUCCCAGAAACCCGAAUCUGAGGUUGAUCCCGAGGCGAAGGCCAUCCAAGACAUCAAGGCCAACUUCUCUCUCCUUGAGCGUGCCGUCGCCCACUUCGACCCACGAUUUACCCUUCGCGUCCUGCGAUCGAUAUCAUCAAUGCGCAAACACAUCACUUCCGAUGUGCUGGCGGAAGUUAUUGUUGAGACUUACCCCUCGUCAAACUCGACAGCGUCGUUUUUGCUUGAGGCUAUUGGUCAGCCGGUCGUCUCUGAGAGCUCCAAGAUGGAGGUCGAAUCGGAGAAGACCAAGUUGACCCUCAAAGAGAUUUUGCCUGAGGUCGAUACCUAUCUUGCAAUACUUGUCCAGAUAUAUCUUUAUGACAAGAAGGAGGUACAGAAGGGUGCCCAGUUCUCAGCGGACUUGAUCGAGCGUUUGCGGACCAUCAAUCGCCGCACUCUCGAUUCUCUCGCAGCUCGCGCGUACUUUUACUACUCUCUUUUCUUUGAGCAAAUUGCCCCCCUUCCUCCAUCCCCUGCUGCAACGGUUACUUCAAUCCGCCAGCCUUUGCUUGCGGCUCUUAGGACAGCGGUACUUCGUAAGGAUGUGGACACUCAGGCUACCGUUAUGACACUGCUACUACGCAAUUACUUGUCUACAUCCCACAUCUCGCAGGCGGACUUGCUCAUCUCCCACAAUCGCUUUCCUCCCUCCGCAUCAAACAAUCAGAUUGCCCGGUAUCUGUACUAUUUGGGUCGCAUCCGUGCUGUUCAGCUGCAGUACACCGAUGCUCAUGGGCACUUGAUCGGGGCUACACGGAAGUCACCGUCUAGUCACAGCGCGCGUGGAUUCUACCAAGCUUCCCACAAAUUGCUUGUAGUUGUGGAGCUCCUAAUGGGUGAUAUUCCCGAUCGUGCAAUUUUCCGUCAGGCUGCCCUAGAACGUGCCAUGCAUCCUUACUUUCUACUGGUGCAGGCCGUGAGCGUCGGCGAUUUGGAUGGUUUCUUGAACAUUGUCAAUACCCACAGCGCGACGUUCCGAAAGGAUGGCACUUACACCCUUAUCCUGCGCCUGAGGCAAAACGUCAUCAAAACUGGUAUUCGGAUGAUGUCCUUGUCUUAUUCUCGCAUCUCUCUACGGGACAUCUGUCUCCGUUUGGGGCUAGAUAGUGAAGAGUCAGCAGAGUACAUUGUCGCCAAAGCUAUCAGGGAUGGCGUGAUUGAGGCGACUUUGGACCACGAGCGAGGAUUUAUGAAGAGCAAAGAGAUUGGAGACAUUUAUGCUACCAGGGAGCCCGGUGAAGUAUUCCACGAGCGUAUCAGAGCCUGUUUGACUCUUCAUGACGAAAAUGUCAAGGCCAUGCGAUUUCCCAUGAACCAACACCGUCUCGAAUUGAAAAGCGCCCAAGAGGCACGGGAGCGGGAACGGGAGCUGGCCAAGGAGAUCCAGGAAGGAGACAUUGACGAUGAGGAUGCUGGCGGUGAUUUUGACGCCAUUUAA